AUGCACUUCCCAACACUCCCGACAAGUUUGCUGGUCACUCUGGCAUUGCACUGUGGAGUGAACGCCGCAUCCUCGGACGAGAAGGUACUAGAGCCAUGUACAAUAUCGUCCUCGACGGGGAAUUUCUACGAUCUGCGAUCAUUAUCCAUAUCUCUACCGGCUGAUGACAAGAAGCCUACCAAAGGGGAGAAGGUGGAUGACUGGCAUGCUCGUGGAUACGACUACCACAGCAAUGGUGCUAAUUUCACGCUAAAUAUUUGCGCGCCGGUUGUGGAGAAGGUGGAAGAUGUAGUUGGAGUGGAUGAGGCUCUCUGGAGGAAUGUCAGUGCAUAUUAUGAGCUCGGUUCGAAGAAGUAUUCUAUCGGACAGAACUCUUCGGAGUUGAUUCUACGAGGAAGGCGGCUGGUUCUACAAUACACAAACGGAUCUCCAUGUACGACCGAGAAGAAGAGACGAUCGACCUGGGAUGCCAAUGAGCAUGAGGACAAGGUCGAGAAGAAGGCCGGUUCGGACGCCCGCCGAAAAUCUACUAUAAUUUCCUUUCACUGCGACAAAGACCCCCUCGCAACCCAGGCAUCCGUCACGUUUGUUGGGACUGACCCAGAUGAAUGCUCUUACCACUUCGAGGUCCUCUCCCGCGCAGCUUGCAUCACAGCGGAGCCUGCAAAGCAAUCAGUCGGUCCGGGAGCCGUGUUCACCAUUAUUGGUGUCAUCGCAAUUCUGGUAUAUUUCCUUGGCGGUGUAUUCUAUCAGCGGAAUGUAGCGCACGCGCGCGGAUGGAGACAGUUGCCAAACUACAGCAUGUGGGCGGGGAUUGGCAGCUUCAUAAAGGAUAUUUUUAUAAUAGCAACUUCGUCGUGCGCUCGAUUCAUGCCAAGCAGAAGGGGGUACAGCGCAUUGUCCGUUUCGGCAAAUGGCUCUUCGACUAACGGCAGGGGAAGAAACAACCGAGCAGAGGAUGAGAAUCGCUUGAUUGAUCAGCUGGACGAGGAAUGGGAUGACUAG